CAAUGCGUUGCUGUCUUUAUCCACCAUUUAUGUGUCUUCAUUUUGGCAUUUAUCUUCAUCACUAUUUAAAUGGGUAGAGAAAAUCGGUGGGUUUUUGAGAUAUAGAGCAGCUUGAAAUAUUUGUCCAUGUCCAUGGCUUGUUUCUUGCUCUGUUCUAAGUCACAACAAGAAAACCCCAUCUCAGAUUCAGUGGAAAAUGUUCAAAAAAGGGAGCUUUUAGGGAGUGGUGUUAGUGGGGAAGGAGAUUUUAGUUCUGAUAACCCUAAAGCUUUAUGUCAAAAUGGGAACAGAGUAAUGGUGGUUGUGGAUUGGAGUGUUGAGGCUAAAGAAGCUUUGGAAUGGACACUCUCUCAUGCUGUUCAGAAAAAUGAUACCAUUGUUCUUGUUCAUGUUCUCAAAAGUUUGAAGCUUCAACGUGAGAGUUUCAUAGGUUUUGAGUUUGGUAAUAAGGUGAAUUACAUAAAGGCCCACAAGCUUCUCUUUUCUAUGAGAAGUAUGUGCCUAAAGGCAAAGCCUGAGGUGCAAGUAGAGGUAGCAUUGCUGGAAGGGAAAGAAAGAGGUCCAAUAAUUGUGGAGGAAGCAAAGAAGCACAAACUUUCACUUUUGGUACUUGGUCAAAGGAAGAGGCCACUUCUUCGACGUUUAUUCAACAGAUGGGCAAAGAGACGCAGUCGAAGGAGGAAGAAGAAGAAGACUUGUCGAGCGACGGCGGAGUAUUGCAUUCAGAACUCAUCUUGUAUGACCAUUGCAUUAAGGAAGAAGAGCAAAAAGAUUGGAGGAUAUUUGAUCACAACCAAAAGUCACAAGAACUUCUGGCUCUUGGCUUGA